UUCAACUCCGUAACACUCACCUUUCAACACCAGCUUACUUCCGUUAGCUUUCGCGACAUGCCUUCCGCGAUGACAACAGUCGAGGAACUUACGCAGCUUGGAAAACAAUUAGAAAAUCAGGAAUUAGAGUCCCCAGGAGGUGUUGCCACCCCACAAAUUUAUGGACAACUGCUGACUAUUUACCUUGUGCAAAAUGACUUAAAUAAUGCCAAAUAUCUGUGGAAGAGAAUACCUGCAGCAGUAAAGUCGGCUAACCCUGAAUUGGGGAACAUUUGGACCAUAGGCCAGAAGAUGUGGCAGAAAGAUUUUGCUGGGAUUUAUGAAGCUAUUAAUAAGGACUGGUCUGAUAAUCUCAAACCCACAAUGGCAACACUUUUAGAGUCUACUAGACGAAGGGUGUUCAACCUGGUAGCCCAGGCGUACUCCUCUGUCAGUGGAGACCAGUUUGCUCAAAUGAUGGGGAUGACAGUGGAAGAGGCUGUGCAGGCUGCAGUGUCUCAGGAUUGGAAGGCAGAUGCUCAGACAAGACUCGUCAUACCUGUCAGAUCAGCACCACAGUCGGAGACCUCAGUUCCUAGUGAACAAAUGCUAGAAAGACUCACUGAUUUUGUGUCAUUUUUAGAAAACUGAUACUAUAAACAAAUACUCAACACUGAAAGAAAGACAUGGAAUAAAACUGAUAUUGACUGGGGAUGGAUGAGGUUGGAAGUUCAUAUCCUUGUAAACGUGUCAUGUUAGAUGAUGUUGUAGCAGAUUGCUGCAAAGAAAGCAAAGGAAAGUCUUAGCUGUUACAUUAUGGAGAAGAUUCAGUUUUCCCUUAUUUUAAUGUGCUUGGUGGUAAGAAGGAAAUUGUAUUUACUUUUUUUCUAACAAAGGAAGAGGAAAUUAUUUUCAACAUAACUAUAAGGAUGUUUCAGAAAUGUAUUCUACUUAUAACUGGCGAAUAAAAUUAAAACGUAAUUAA